AUGUCCAGCUUCGUCACCCCCGGCCAGCAGCGCUACCUGCGCGCCUGCAUGGUCUGCUCCAUCGUCAUGACAUACAGCCGCUUCCGCGACGAAGGAUGCCCCAACUGCGAAGAAUUCCUGCACCUCAUCGGCUCGCAGGACCAGAUCGAAAGCUGCACGUCGCAGGUCUUUGAGGGCUUGAUAACGCUGGCCAACCCGGCCAAGUCGUGGGUCGCAAAGUGGCAGCGCUUGGACGGAUAUGUGCCCGGCGUGUACGCGAUCAAGGUCUCGGGACAGCUUCCCGACGAGAUUAGGUCUUCUUUGGAGGAUGAGUAUAGGAUACAAUACAUUCCGAGGGAUGGCACGCAGACCGAGGCCGAUGCUUAA